UGCAAAAUUCCUCAGAGAAGACAAUGGCACCUACCGGAAAGCAAAAUGCGGAUUUAUCACAAAAUAAAGAUAUUCCCAUUCGUAGGUGUGAUGUCGAUUUCGCACGACCGCCACCCACAGUUAAUAAAGGAACUGAGGUCACCAGCAUGGGAGAUUUCCUCUGUAUAGGGGACUACAUCUGCCUAUACUGCGUCGGAACCGAUGGAUACAUCUUCAGUUAUCAAUCAAGCUGUGUGCACAAUGGUUUGUACAUAUAUCAGCAACAGGACAGAGAAACACCUGCACAGAUUCCCAAUCCUCACGCGGUGACGUUUCAAGUGUGUAUCCAAAACAGGUACAAAUUGAACAAAAAAUAUCGGAAGAUAUACGCACGAGGUCAGCGAGAUGACAAUGACAUCAGAACAAAAGCUCAGCUGCCAUCUGCAAAGAUGUCGGCCGAGGCAGAGAACAACGACAACAUCGCGGAACAGAAGCGACAGCACGGGAAGAGGGUGCGAUACGGCGAGAUAAUACAGCUUAAACAUGUGUACACUGGUAAAUAUAUCCACGUCAGUACAACUCAGGGAAGUGUCCGGGACAAGAACAAUAUGCUGGUGUCCCUGCACGAUUAUAAUGCCAAACACGCCCAGUUCCGCGUUCAGCCUCGAUAUAAGGUGAAGUCGGAAGGUGACAAUGUGCAAAUAUAUGACCAGAUCGUAUUGGAGAGUGUGAAGUCUGUCGGCCAGUAUUUCCAUGCGAGUAUGCCCUGGCAGAUUGAUUACGACACGUUCGGGUCUGAAUUGAACCUCGGCAUCGAGAGAACUGGUUUCACACUCAUCAAAACCUGUAAGCCCAUACUCGGGGACGAGGAAUUUGUAAAGGGAGGAUCAGUAAUCCGUCUAUAUCACCGGGAGCUGGAAGCCUACCUGAUCACGGAAGGUCUCUUUGGAGAUGAAGUGCUACAAAAUGUCCAUCUACGAGUGCGCCAAAUCGACCAAAUCAACAAACCUAAGACGCUAAUGCCGAGUACGUCAGGCCUGACUUACUGGCAGGUUGAGGCAGAGGACAGUAUUCUCAAUGGAAAUGUGAUAAGAUGGGGACAGCAGAUCAGAUUACGCCACAUGGUCACGCGGCGCUACCUGUGCGUGAACUCUGACCUUGAGGUCGACCUUACGACAGAUCACCGAGAUCCACGAGCAGUGUUCAGACUACAUCCUGUCAAAAAGGAGGUAGACGAGAUUAAGUUUGAGAGUUACGCGAGGAUUGAACAUGAGUUGACAGGCAGGUGGCUUCAUGCUCUUAAAGAUGUCGAGUACGUCCCGCGAGAGAAGAGAUUGGCACAGUUCGAAUCAUUGCGUGGCAUAGAGUGUGAUGAAGCACAACUUCAUGAGAUCUCAACAGAAUGUGACCAGCAAUACGACGAUGCAUUUUCCCUCCAGCAGUGCAUGCAGGAACACGUCAGUAUAUUCAACUACGUGGCCGGGACCGUGCCUUUUAUCAAGAAUCUCAUAGCCGAUUUAACAAACGGAAAAACUCUUCACGCGGUCGAGACGCACAGAGUAACGGAAGCUUUGACCGAGCUCACAAACUUCCUCUAUGUGACAGGCUUACCAGAGAAACCACGACAAAAGUUGCUGCGAAAUCUUAGGGUUCUGGAUCUCCUAAUGGAGUUACUAAAGUUUCCGCUGCGAGGGACGAGGCAUCGCAUCUAUCUGACGUCCAUCUUCAAGAAAGCCUAUGACGUGCUCCAUGCCUACAUGGCCGGCAACAGUCGUAAGAACGCACUCUAUAUGGCCAAGUACAUGGGCUUCUUCUACACACAGCUCAACCAAAGGGGAGACAUCGGUCUCAAUGUCGCUCAGAUGGUGAUGGAGCUAAUCAAAGACAAUCGUAAGGUGGUCGACCGCCUCUCGCACACUGAUAUCGAUAUCUUCGUCUCGCUGCUAAAGAAGAACAAGAACUAUCGCUACUUGGACAUGUUGAACGUGUUGUGCGUCUGUGAUGGGGUGGCCCUGCCGGAGAAUCAAAACUACAUCACGCAGAAGUGGCUCUGCGGCGACAGGGACGGUGUCUACUUGGUCUCAUUUGGUGCGGACGUCCCUGGCUGGCCGGCCAGUAAGAGUAAUAUUCUUUACAUCACUAAAGACAAUGGGAAAACUAGAAGUGAAGUCCGUAGUUUUUGUGAUAGUGGUAUCAUUCUAACUGAUUUAGGCCUUAACAUUGGUCGGGAAACCCGCCGAGAUAUCAUCUAUGUGUCGCUUGAUGGCGGGAAUGCCUGGAAUCUGCUUUACGAGUUCUGCGAUCAUUCCCGAGAGGAAUUCAGUGAAGAAGACUACCAGUUCUUAGUACACCAGUUAGAUCUACUGGGAAAAAUUUGCUAUGGUGGCAAUGUGUCAGCUAUUGAGAAGAUUACAGAGGAGUUGAAACUGCUGACAUGGGAGCAGGCAUUCUACUGCAUGAAGCAGGAGCUACUGCCAGAGGCCUUGCGAGCUCAAUACUGCAGCCUCAUCAUCGCACUUGUUCAUGGUGUAAGGAAUAGAGAGGAUAAUGUUGGAGGGCUGUUCGUUGACAUCGGAAUGAACCGCACGGCCACGGAUCACAUCAGCUUGGCCUUUGUCUACGAGGAUGUGGGGAAUGUUGGCUCCAUCAAGAAAUAUGUUGAUUCUAUGAAGUCCGAAGUGAGCGAGAUGUUCCCCUCCCUCCGUGAUUGGAUCACCGCAUUCCUCGAGGAAAACAAAGGCAUGAUAGCCGCCCAUCCUGGCCACAAUCUCCUCAUCGCACAGGUGCUACGUUUGGUGCAAUUCUUGGUCGAGUACGGUUACUAUGGCGAUUCCAACGACAUUCGACAGCUGAUGCAGCCACUGAUAAACCUGCUCGAUGGCCGGAAUGAUAAACCGGUUUCCAUUGCCAAGAGUUCCCCCAAUUUCAUGCAAGUCGGCCUCUCAAUGGUCAUUCAGGAAGUCCACAAAUUUGGCAAAUCAAAGGAGACGGAAGAACUGUUGAAGCAUUUCCAGACCGUCGAACGUUAUGAGCCGUCACCUGAAGCCAGGGCCAUCGUCGAGGUCAAACUACAGGCAAUGGAGGUGCUGGACCUGCUGUUCACCUUCCAAUACCACUCUGCUCUCGAGGGCUUCGUGUCCAUGUUCAAGUAUGUCGAGCGUAAAGCGCGCAUGAAGCAGCGUCAUGGCGGCUCACUCAGCGGGAUGUUGUACGAGACGUUCGAACAAACAAAAGAACAAAUGACCUGUAGGAAAGCGUUGAAAAAGCUUGAAGACCUGUUUGACAAAGUCUCCUACUUUGAUGCUGAGCAGAUCACUGACAUUCUCAUGGAUUUGUCGAACUAUAAAUACGACGAAAUGGUGACAAAAUCUGUCGGCUUGAUGAACAAGUAUUACAGUGCGCGGGCACAUCUCUUCCGAAGGGCUGUCCAUAGCCAGGUGCUGAUAACUGAAGAGUCCAAGUCCGUCUACAAGGAAGCCCAGAAGAACAUCCCAGUAUUACGGCGACUGACUAAGGCGAGACUGAAUGAGGAGCAAGCCCAACAGAUGGAUGACAUCUUUGAUAAACUUGCCGAAUUUUGUCACCUUAAGAACAAAAAGGACCGCCCCCAUCCGAUGAACCAAACCAUUCUUAUAAACCAUGGUAUUCUUUCUGUGAUAUUUGACCUUCUUGCCCAACACAACCACUGCGACCUCACCCAGGAGAAACCCGAGGUCCGCGAUGUGGUGAAGAAGGCGCUCCGCUGCCUGAUGUUCCUGGCCAAUGGGAACGACCACGUGCAGAAGCGCACAUAUGAACGUCUCGACAUGCUGAUGAAUAUCAAAGGUGUGGAGCAGGAGCUUUCACUCUGCUUGAGACAGGCCUUCAUCGGCAGUGAGAGUCUGUGCCUAAAGAUCCAGCCCCAGAUGAUCGAACGAAUCGUCAAACUUGCCGCGGAGCAGCGCGAGAAAGCACCGGCCCUCCUGGAACUGCUGAGGACGCUGGUCAAGGUCGAGGACCUCGACUUACCACUGAAACGUAACCAGAUGUAUGUUAUCAAAUAUAUUAUGCACAACUACCACCAGGUGGCAUAUGUGAUAGACCAGCCACGCGAAAUGAAGGAAAAGAUAUUGUGCAAUGAAUAUGGUGCUGCUCAUCUGAGAUACAUGGUGUGUUUGGUCGAUCUGCUUGCCACAUGUGCUGAGGGUGAGAAUCGCUUCAUCGAGUCUCUGUGCCAGAAGUUCAUCAAGAUCGACGACCUGUUCUGGGUGCUGAACCAUCCGAACAUCGACAACAACCUGAAGAGUCCCUUCCUGAAGUAUCUGCUGUGGGCGUACAUGAAUACCGCCGGGAGCAUCAUAGAGAGUGGAGCUGCAGAGUUGCCCCAUGAAAGCGCCACCUGGGAAUACCUUGCCCAUCUUGUGACAGAAGUGAAUGCAUUGACUGUGUAUAUCAUUGAGCAGAAGGACAGCAUUGAACAGCUGUUGAUUAAACCACCGUCCAUAAGUCAAGUAGCUGACCCCGAGAACCUGGCUGAGAAGAUGCGGUCAAACCUUCACUACAUGUUUGAUGGAGUCAUGCCAUUUCUACAGGUGUUCUUUAGGAAGUUCUACUCCGUCGACAAAGAGCUCUAUCCCGAAGAAUCGCCGAUCGUGGAUAAAUUUGCCCAUGCGCUGAUGGUGUUCUCCGAGGCUAUCGGCUUCCUCAUCAGUAAUCCCACCCACAUGAGGACUCUUGUCAGCUGCGCGUUGUCUGUGGUACCACAGUCCACACUUCCAGCCAGAGUUCUCGAGGAUUUCCUGGAGAAGUUUGGUUCGGGCCGACUCGACCUGAAGGAGACUAGUGAUGAAGUGGCCUAUCAGGAAUAUACCAACUACUACUGCGAGGAAGAAGAACUGAAUGCCAAACUCCACACAUAUGCUGUCAACUACCGUCAGGUGUAUGGAGGAGCAAACACCGUCGCCGCCCAACUCAAACAUGCUCCACCCAAAGCAGCAGUCAGACCCUACACAGAAAUGGGUGGAGAUGAGGAGCUCCCCCUUGGGGAAGAGUUCCAAAACUUCAUUCAAUGUUUCAUCAAAGCGCACUCGAAGUCCACAGAAGAGAAGUACGAGCGUGCAGGGAAGCUGCUGGACCAACUAGUGAUCUCUUUCUCCCAGUCGCGACACACGGACAAAAAGCGUCUCGAUCAGGAGGAGUUGGAUAUAAAAUGUCUGCAGUUGCUCCGCGGCAUGAUCCACAACGAGGAGAGGAAACUACCAGAGAACUGGGAUGAGAGCAAACAGAAAACUAAAACGCAACUGACCAUGAUCAAAGAGCUUCAGAAUGCCUUUAAUCAGAAGGAGGCGUUGUGGAAAGUGUUACCCCACGUUGCCCGGCAAAACGACAUGUUAGUGAAAGAAGUGCUUGGCUUCAUGUCGGCUAUGCUCUUUAAUGCCAAUAAUGAGACACAGCGGUCCAUGCACACCUACUUCAUGAGUACGAGGGAGGAGAACUUCUUCUUAGCCAUGAAGAUACGAAUGCAGAUGUCGGCAACUGCUGCCAAGGAAAAACGUGCGCUGAUCUCUCAACACAAAGCCAAGGCCCAGGAGGCCAUCGCCCACGCCAAGAGUUUACAGGCCACCAUGACACAGGGAAGGGUUGCAUUACAGAGAUUGCAAAAUGCUGAGAAUGCUCGAAGGAUGAAACGUCUGCGGAGAACAAUGGGCCAUCAUCGGGAAAGCAUGUUCCAGAAAUCUGGCCCAGGCAUCGAGAGGAAGACCGGAUCGUCUCUGCUCAAGUACAAAUCAAAAGAGGAGAAGAUGCCCCUGAUCAAGGAGAACCAGCAUCGUCAGGGGGUUGACGACGUAGUCGUUGCUAACGGGAAGAUGAAACAAGUGUCGUUCGAAGGCGGGAUCGACAACCAGCGAUUUGAGAUGGCCGAGAUUAAGGUUGAUACUAUGCCCCCUGCUGGUCCAGGCGGUGACCAAACCACGCCAGGGGAACCCGGCCGGGCCGAGGCGGACGAAUCGCAAGAUCUGCACUAUCGGGACGACGGCUAUAUAGAACUGGUGCUGAAAGUCCUCUCGAGGAUGUGCGAUGGACAAUUCCGGUCUUUGCAACAUUAUCUGCGGGAACAGCCGGAUAAUAUCAAGUCAUUCAAUCUGAUCGCAGAGACGGUGCAAUACAUGAGUCAAGUUUACGCCAACAUCAACCCGAAUAGUAUCAACUUAAUUUAUCAGUUGCUGGACAGUUUGAACGAAUGCGUUUCGGGAAAUGAAGAAAAUCGCGUGGUCAUCUUUGACAACAAGAUCGUGGACUACAUCAACUUCAUUCUGAGGACCGGCCAGUUCGGGUCGUGUGAGUUGGAGAAGGCGUUACAGUUGCUCGAGAUCAUCGGCGACCUGCUGAUGUCGUUAAUCGAGGAGAAUCAACCUGAUGCCCUAGAGAUCGCCAGGGAGGUCGCCGACUGCCUGGACAAGGAGGCGUUGUUGCGAUUCAUGACUGAAUGUUAUAACUCAUCAAGGCCGCCAGAACAAUCACAAUUUGCCAAAGCCAGAAAAUUGAAAGAAGCCGCAAUUCAACAAACCAUGCUCUUAUCGCGUAAAUCAAAAGCGCAGGUGCCCACCGGGGACCUUGCACCCAAGACUGUCCUGCCAAGACCCGAAGAUGGCCUGCUGACCAAUGACAUGAAGGAAACCAUGGUAACAGUCGGUUUCAAAUAUUUCUUCCUACUCCGACGAAUCAUGGAUAUAUCACCACGGGUUACCAAGACGGGGCUAACUGAGCAGCAACUAGCCGCAUACAACUUCUAUGACAAGAACUCAAUGUCCGUUGAAACAUUGAAAGACGGCCAUUUGCAGAAACUUCGUUUUAGAGUGGAGAAUAAGAAUGUCCUGCGGAAUGAGGUUAAGGAGAAGUUGAAAUGGGAGGUUGACAGGUCAUCUCCGAGCAGUAAGAUUCGUGACCUGAUGUGCUGGUCCAAGGAUAUCCUCAAAGACAUCAUCUACCAGAGGAAAGUCCUCAACAACAGAUUGGCUUUCUUCUUCAUGAAAUUCUGGUUAUUCUGGAACUAUGCCGCCAUUUUCCUGAGUCUUGCCAUCAACGUGUUGAUGCUGGUCACAUGGAAUGCUAUGCUGAGCCUUGACCAGGUCGUUGGGAGCUCAAACAUGACAGCACUACCAGCAGCCAUAUAUGAUCCGAUGCCAAACAUCACGUUCGAUCACUAUCGAGAAAUCAAGUAUACGUUUGCUGGGGUGCACAAUCUCGUGUCGCUGUUUGUCGUCAUCAGCUUCUUCUUACUGAACCAUCCACAGUUUCCCGAGAUGCCGCGCUUUCUCCACAACUGUUGCGGUUUACGCAAAGAUGAGCCAGAUGAGGUGAUGAAAAAGCGAAAAUCCAAACUGGAGACGCGGUUCUUUAGCUUUAAGACACUGUAUUACCUUCUUUUCCUUGGUUUUUCCAUCGCCGGCACGGCCUACACCGAAUACUUCUUCUGUUUCCAUCUCCUGAACAUUGUCAACAAUAACCAGCUUCUAAGUCGGGUCAUCAGUGCAGUCACUCUGAACGGUAAAUCACUGCUAUGGGUUGGAGUUCUUGGCGUCGUGAUUUUCUACAUCUAUGCACUCAUCGCAUUUGCGUUCUUCCGGCCAACCUUUGACCCGAGCCAGAACUGGUACUGCAAGAACCUCUUUCAGUGCUUCGUGACGAUCAUACGAUACGGCCUCAUCGGAGACAUGUUCGAGAAUAUGCCCAUCCAUGAUUCGGAGGCAAACUUUGAACGGUUUGGGAUGUACGUCCUUUUCAAUGUGUCGUUCUUUAUCUUCAUUACGACUAUCGGACUGAACAUCAUCUUCGGCAUCAUUGUGGAUACAUUCUCUGAGCUAAGGGACCUCAAGUGGACUGCCGAGAAGGACAUGAGAGACUGUUGCUUCGUCUGCAGUAGGAUUAGCUACGACUUCGAACAUUAUGGAAAGGGCUUCCAACACCAUUGCAAGUAUGAGCACAACAUGUGGUCCUACAUCUUCUUCUUCAUCCACCUGGCCGACACAAAGCCAAACGAUUACACAGCCCUCGAAUUACAUGUUUAUAAACUGUUGCAAAAAGAGAACUAUGAUUUCUUCCCGCUGAACCGAGCGCUGUGCCUGACGGACAUGGAGAAUGAUCAAGCUGAGACCAAGUUUGACGAACUCCUCCACUAUGUCUCGUCGAUCUUCCAUAAACAGAAGGAAGAGGAGCUGAGAAAGAAGCAAGAAGAGGAGCGUCUGAAGCAGAAGAAAUGGGAGGAAGAGCACCGACGCAUGUUCUAUGGAAACGGCGAUCCACCUGAGCCACCAGUGGAUCCCAAUUGGCCAGCACCACCCCUGGCAUUGCCGCCGACUAAUGGGAAGAAACCAACACCCCCACCGGCAUCAGAUCCAGCCGAAUCCACAGAAGAGGCGGAAGCACCGGUCGAGAUCAAUUUCGACGACGGCGACGAGAUGCUGGAUCCGUUUAAGCAGCAGAUUGAGGAGGUGACGGAUACGGAUGGAACAGCGGAGGAGAAACCGGAGGGAACGGAGCCGGAAUUGGGUGAGUUGGAGGAUGUCUCGGAUAUAGAGGGCGCUGAGGGACAUGAACCUGCUGAUGAUGCAAGUGCUGUAGGGUCAGGUCAGAGUGAUGAUAACACAAGCAUUUCUGAUCGUAGCUAUUCGCUGACGGCAGAUGCGGAGGUUUUGGACACGGAAAGUACACUGAGUACCGGCAGUUACGAUGCGGAGAAUGAACCAACAGGCCCGGUGACGAGAUUGUAAAAUAGUCGCCCCGAGGUUUGAAUUUCAUACUUCAAAUGCUUACUUUAAACAACAAAAUUUUUGCACUGUAUUUUUGCGAGCCGUGAAGAUUUCUUUAAAACUUGGCAAAAAAAUUUCACAAUUUUCUUUUCGAAAUUUUUGAAAUUUCUAUCAUUCUUUCAAUAAUUGAAGGAUUUUUUGCAAUUUUCUUUUUUGCGAAACUAGAUUUUUUGCGGGUCCGUGAAAAUAGAGUGCCCUUGAAAAUUAGCGGUUUACAGUAAUUUGUGAUUGAUGACUUUUGCAUUUGAAGAUUUAGUGUUGUCAAAGCAAAUGGCAACCAAGCAAACUCUUCUGUUAGCAGUCUGGAAGGGAUGGCUUUCCAUACCUGGCAUUUCAGUAUGGACACCCGUGUUUAUAUAAUCACCUGACAAUGACAAUUUAAAACGAUGAAUGUUGUAUGCUUGUAAAACCAUACCAAAGUGCUACAUUUUUGUACAUAUUACAUACAUGAUGUAUGGAAAUCCAUCCUCUUCCAGAUUGAUGUGUUCGAACACGUUAAACAGAGCCACCCAUUUCUUGGAAAGUGUUUUGAAAUGAGUUUUAGCCACCCAUUUCUUUGAAACAACUUCACAAAUUUUCAGUUUUGAGGAAAAGUCUGACCCUAUUGUCAAGAAGUUCGGUAGUAUUGGAGACGAUGAAAGAUAGAGCCAACUUCUUUUUAGGAUGAAAUUGUACAUUUUAUGGCACAGUAUUACUUUUGCUUACAUGCACACAUAUGUAAAUAUUAUAACUUGUAGCAUUUCACGGUGUUUUUAUUUAUCCAAUGUUCCUUUUGCAAUGUUUUUAUUGAUCCACAUUGUACAGACUGAAUCUUCUUUUUCACCGCAAUAUAUUCAUAAACAUGAUAAAGACUGAUUAUGUACAAACUAAAAUAUGCAUUCGAUUGAUUGCUGAUUUAGCUCAAAUGAUACUUACCAUAGAUUAUUGAGUCCCGCUCACUUAAGUCCCAUAGUGCAUCUUAUUGUUCAUGGAUAGCUUUUUUAUGACAUAUGUAUUAAAGCAUUGCCUUUUAUUAACCAUUUCGCCACCUCACCCGGUAAAGACCGGGGCAAUACACUGCGUACUACUAUACUGGCCCGGAGUAAUCCGUACUGCUAAAUUUUCCCCAGUUCUAUUGGUUGGUUAUGCCUGAAAAGGUGUUUUAGAGCUGUACGAAUGGUUUUAACUUCUGUAAACGUAAUGUCAAACAAUUUGCACUGCCUUUAUCAGUACUUAAUCAUUUUGAAGAGGGUCAGAUCUUGUCUUGAUACUGUAAAACAGGAAAUAUUUGUCAUAAUACUGUAAAACAGGAAAUAUUUGCGCCCAUUUCAUUUCGUGAUUUUGUCAGAAAUUCCACAUUUUGCAUACUUAAUUUAGCGUUUGGACAAUCCCCCAUUCCUAGGUAUCUCUUCUGUGGCCAUAUGCUAUCACACUUAAAUUCGGAAAAAACACAAAGAUAAAAUGCAGGCGACUAUUUCCUGGUUUACAGUAAUGUACUCCAUCAUGUACUGUAACUAUCUGAGUACUUUAAGUCCAUUUGGAAAUGUUUUGGGCUCUAGAGGGUAAACUACUUCAACGUUGAUCCUUCUUACUCCCUUUGGUUCCUCGUUCUGUUAUUAUUGAGUAAAAGGCUGUUAAAGGCUGUUAAUGGCUGUUAAAGGCUGUUAAAGGCUUUCGCUGUUUGUUUUAACUUUGGUGGUCGUUUCCAUGAAUAUUACACAAUUUUUCCUUACCCUCUAGUCAUAAAUAUGACCCACCACAGCAAAAUGAGUCACAUGUCGCUUCGAGCUUGACAGGUUGAGACGGACUGGUUGUUCAUUUCACUAUUGUCUGCCUUUUGUGAAAUCUGAGUGUAUCAAUUUCUUCUAUUAUGUCCUGGUGUUAUUUCAGGCUCAUUUUCUGUGCGACAUGUGACCCAUUUUGCCAUGGUGGGUCACAAAUGUACAUUGUUGGAGUCUCAUUGCAAUUAUGUGCCAUUAAAUUUUGAUAGCCUGCACAGUUAGGCCUGCGGACAUUACCUGGUACAUGUGAUUAUCAAACUCAUGAUCCUGGAUAAAAAAGACUAGCAAAUGCUUUUACUUCAGUUUUGUACAGAGAGGCCUAGUGUAAUUGUACAUGGAGAUUUGGAUAAAAGCAUUUGCUGGUCUUUAUUCAUAUCACCCAAAUGUGUACUUGUAUGUAAAUUUGCUUAUAAUCUGUACUGCAGCUUGUAAAAUACUAAUAUUCCAAUUAUGCAGGCAAUAGAGUUGUUUCUCUGUAAAUUGGUUCUAUGCCAAGGUGAAUUUGAUGGGGUACUGCGUAGAUAUGAAGCUACUCCAAAAGAUAUUUUGUUCUUCAGUGAACAGUCAUCUUCCUGCUGCCCUAAACACUGCUGUAUAUUUCGCUUCCAUUUGCCAAUGCUUCCAGUUUUUGUGAUAUUUUUCCUAACAAUUCUCUUGCUGGGCGUGAUCUUCCAACAGAAUCAAGUAUUGUGGUAGUCCAAUUUUCCACAGAAAGUGGGUAAUAAAGGGCUAUGGGGGGAUUUGAGACACUAGUUUCUCAUAGGACAGAAUAUAUAGAUGGAUAUCUGAUGAUGUCAUGGGGAAUUUGUAAAUACCAUGCACAGGCAUUCUCGUUUCUCUUCAACAUGGUUGUCAUUAAGAAAACAUCCGACACACCGUCCUCAAGUUGCAAACAUCCUUUGAUGUGUAACUGACAACUAUCUCUGCACUUCUGAAGAAAUGUUACAAAAUGUGUUGCCAAUAUUUUCCUUGGUAUUGUUACAAAGUCUUCUUUAUCAGCCUUCCAAGUAAUAUGGUAGUCGUAUACAAUGUAGGAAUUGUGUUAAUCCUUCCAAUUUUAUUUAUCAUGUUUGUGCUGUUUUGAUCCUUUUAUAGUGAUAACGAUGACCUUUUAUGACAGUUGCAUUGGCUGGUACUUGCUGUUGAAUUGUAUUUUACUGUUUUAAAAGAUACCUAGUCGUAGCUGGCUGCAACUUAAAGGCACACGAUGACCUUUUAUGACAGUUGAAUUGGCUGGUACUUGCUGUUGAAUUGUAUUUUACUGUUUUAAAAGAUACCUAGUCGUAGCUGGCUGCAACUUAAAGGCACACGAUGACCUUUUAUGACAGUUGAAUUGGCUGGUACUUGCUGUUGAAUUGUAUUUUACUGUUUUAAAAGAUGCCUACUCAUAGCUGGCUGUAACUUAAAGGCACGCGAAACUUAAAUGUAAGCUGGACCAAUUAUGAAGCGGUCAAAGGAAUAGCUUUCAACGCACGUGUUUACAAUUAAUAUCAAAAGUGACAGUAACAGAGGACAUCACCUAAGGCAAUUAUAGAUUUAAUCCUAUUGCCUACGGCAAUGAUGUUUGCGUCUUCGUAUGUGUUCUAGAAGUCCUGUCAGUGAAGAAUGUGUAGCCAUUAUUUCCCUGUUGCUUGGCCAACUCUGUAAUGUAAUGCAUGAGUCGGCACAUGGCAGACUAUGGUUUGUAAAGUUGCAUCUAGAAAUGUCAAUUGCAGUAAACUGUUGGCAGUGCAGAUUUGUGUAAAAUGUACAGGUCAUCCAAUGUGUGUAUCUAUGUAUGUACUUUUUAAAAUAAAAUGUAUG